AUGAGUGUACACUCGGAUGACUCGAUGUCAGAAGUGAGCAGGGUGACAGAGGUGUGUGGCGAUCUCUUCGAUGCGCCAGAAGGAUCUUGCUUGAUCCAUGCAUGCAAUGUUCAGGGCUCAUGGGGAGCUGGGAUCGCAAAGGUCUUCAAGCAGAAGUGCUAUAAAGAGCACUGUGAAGCAUACCAAGAGGAGAUUGCUCAUCAUGAUAUCGUGGAUCUGCAAAGCGAGGACGAUGAAACUUUGUCCGUUCGUCUACCUCUAGGCACGGCACUAGUCAUUCCCCCGCAGCCGGAAGAUUACAACAAUGGCAAAAAGAAGCAUUGGAUCGUCUGCCUUUUCACAUCUAGCGGGUUCGGGAACCGCGUUGACUCUCCCGACCAAAUUCUAAACAGUACCUAUGCUGCCUUGGAAGACCUGGAUAUGCAGCUUGUCAUGCUCAAGCAGCCAAACGAGGAAAUUGGAGACGGUCAGCCUCCACCAGGUGCACUAUUUUCUUGUCGAUUCAACUCGGGACUUUUUGCGGUCCCUUGGAACGACACGAGGGAACUUAUCGAUGAUUUGGGACUGGGUAUGACGGUUAUCUACCCGGAGGGAGAAUGA